AUGGACCAUAGCCAGAAUAACCGACCAGCUUCCCAGCUUGUUGCUGGAUUCGGCUCACCCCCAACACCCUCCGGUUCACGGAGCAGCAUGCGCCGAUCGACUACUAUGCGACAAUCCGGCCGUUUCACACAAUCUCAAGCCCAGUCCCAUCAACUUAUUCAUGAUGCGGAAAAAGAUGAGCUACGCGUGCAAUUGAGCACACUCAAAUACGAGCUCGAGAAUAUCAAACAGGAACGAGAGUUGGAGGCUCUUCGCCAUGAAAAAGAGAUUCGCGACCUGCAACUGAAAGCGGAUGCGGAUUUUCGAAAGGCUCAGACUGCCGAAUCUUCGAGUAAUCGGGCCACCCAUAAGAGCGACGAACUCGCAAAGGAAUUGAAAGAAAUUCAGGACCAGGCCUUGAAUGACAAACUUGCGUUUGAGCGCAAAAUUAGAGGCCUUCAGGAUGAUAAUCAGAACUUGCAGGAAGAGUUUGACGACACUCAGGCUCGACUUUCCGACCAGGAACGGCAAUUCAAAUACCAGAUCAACGAAUUAGAGACAGUCCGCGCUUCUCUACAAAAGACCAUCGAGGAAUUCCAGACCGAUAUUCAAAAUGCCAGGACAUCGCAGGAAUCAACGCAGGAGAAAUUGUCUCAGCGUGAAGCCGAGGUCGCCGAGCUCGAAGCGGAAAAUAUUCGAUUGAAGGCCGAAGGGAACGAUGCCGAGGUUUUGGCUGUAUUAAAGAGAGAACUUUCCGAGCAAGUCCAUCAUAUUCGGGAAUUGGAGUCAGCAAACCGUGAUCAAACAACGGAGCUACGUCACCUUCGAAAAGUUUCGAAGAAUGUUGAAGUCGUCGAAGAACAAAAGAGAUCAGUGGAGAACCAGCUCCAAUUGAUGAAGGGCAUUGAAGCCGAACUCAAUACAGUUCAGAUCCAGAAGCAGAUCUUAGAAGAUGAGCGACAAUCUUGGGUCAGUCUUUUGCAGGAAAACGAGCAGCCUGCAGAAUUUGACUCACCAGAUGCCAUCGUGAGGGCGGUAGUUCAAGGACGAAUUGAGAUCGCUACGCUCCUUGACCGUCUCGGAACUGUUGAUGCCCAAUUCCUUGAGAAGGACGAGGCUAUCAAGAGCCUCGAAAAUGAUAAAAAUAAUCUGCAACGGGAGUUGGAGAAACUCCGCGUUGCGGGUGCCGCUUCUGCAGGAGGACCGGUCGCCGCGGAGAGCCGGCUUCGAGCUCGACUGGAGCGUCAGCGUGCGCUUGCAGUGAAAGAAGUUGAAUACCUGCGCGCACAACUUAAGACAUUUGAUGCGGAAGAGGCUACAAUGAACGAAGAUCAGUCGCAGUUUGAUGAACAAAAAUCCGAACAAAUAACCCAGCUGCAACAACUCGUCGAUGAAUAUCGCAGUGAGCUUCACAAAGUUCAUGAAGAGCUCUCCAAGCAGGAAGCUACACCGAAAGAAGAGGCGAGAGGCGUCAAACGAGCUCUUUCUCCGACUAACAGCGAAGCCGAAAGCGAGCGUAUCGCUGUGCUCAGCCGCAAGAACCGCAAGCUCCAGGAACAUCUCACCAAAUCAGACCAGGCCACGACUCUCGCUCGCCGGGAACUGGAUGCGGCCAAAUCACAGAUUAAGUCUUUGAAGGCCAAGUCACGAACACGCAUUCUUGAACUGCGCGAUAAUCCGACGGCCCAAACCGAGCAAAUCAAGAUGACUACUCUUGCAACCCUCCAGUCUGCAAACAGAGAUCUAAUGGCACAGCUGCGCGGGGGCCGUACCGAUGUCAAAUUUGUCCCGGUCAGCACCGUGGAGAGCAUCAAGCUCGAAAUGCAAGACAUGGAGCGCAUCGUUGCCGACAAAGAAAAGCGUAUGCGCCGAUUGAAGGAGAUCUGGACAGCUAAGUCCUCUGAGUUCCGGGAAGCCGUCGCCUCUCUUCUCGGCUUCAAGCUUGAUUUCUUGCCGAAUGGUAGAGUGCGAGUCACUUCCAUGUUUCACCUUUCCUCCGCUUAUCGGCACGGCGACUGCGAUGCACCUUCUGACUCUGGUCCUGGCAGCAUGGGCAAUGGGGAAGAAAAUUCUAUCGUUUUCGAUGGCGAGAACGGCACCAUGAAGAUAUCGGGCGGACCGAAUAGUCUGUUUGCCAUGGAACUUAAACCUCUCAUCAAAUUCUGGGUGGAAGAAAGAAAGGAUAUUCCAUGUUUCCUGGCGGCCAUGACGUUGGACUUCUAUGAUAAGACCACCCGCGCUGCUAGGAUGUGA